AUGGCUGAGUUCUCCGCGCAGGAAUUCGAAGGCGAUGUGCUUGCAGGCGCGAUGGCCCGUUUAGGUGUGGCUUCAAGGAAGAACUUCUCCGAUGACACUGGCUCCGGUGGCUCCGGUGGCUCCGGUAAGGAUAGCAGCGAUGCGGAUUCUGGAGGCUCGGAGUAUAGCUACAAAGUCGCAAUCAUCGGGCCUGGCGGGCCUGGCGGAGCCAUGCUUAGGCACUUGAAGGACCUCGGCGACGUCGAGACUGUCCUCAUCGCCUGCGACGGACGCGGCGGCAUCAUUCGACACAGUUCACCUGUGGGCCCAAUCCGGGGCACCUCAGGUACCACCUACGCCAACGCCUACUUCGGCCCUGGAGCUGCCUUCGCGGCGAUGGUCCCGCGGUUCUUCUUCUUCUACGCUCUUUCGCUUUGCGGACAGAAGGGCGGCAGGAGGGUGGCAAAUGCGAAUUUCGACAACCAGGGCAAGUGCACUAUCGAUCUGGAGGACGCUGAGGGCAACGAAUCCAAGAUAGAGCUACAAUUCAACAGAGACGGCAGCCUCAACGUCUAA